AUGUUCGGUCUCUUCGGCGGCCAAUCGUUUGAACCCGAGAAGGACAUUCCCGACCUUUCCGGCAAGGUCAUCAUCGUGACAGGAGAAUCAGUUCUGCAGCUUGCAAAGCACAAUCCCUCCCAAAUCUACCUGGCCGCCCGCACAGAGUCAAAGGCCAGAUCCGCAAUCGACGAGAUCAAGAGUCAAGUUUCUGAUGUCAAAGUCGAGUUCUUGUCUCUGGACCUGACAGACUUUGAGUCCGUCAAGGCUGCUGCUGACUCGUUCAUGCAAAAGGAGCAGAGAUUGGAUAUCCUGCUCAACAAUGCUGGUAUUAUGGCUGUACCAUAUAGCACCACCAAGCAAGGCUAUGAGAUCCAAUUCGGAACCAAUCACAUGGGUCACGCUUUGUUCACGAAACUCCUUUUGCCCGUACUUCUCAAGACAGCAGAGGACCCCAAGGCCGAUGUCAGAGUCGUAACGCUGUCGAGCGAAGGACAUCAAUUGGCACCUCGUGGUGACGGUAUCAUCUACGAUCAAGUCGCCGCCGAAAGCUAUGGUACCUGGGCUCGCUAUGGCAGCGCUAAACUGGCCAACAUCCUGCAUUCUCGCGGUCUGACGUCUCACCAUCCUUCCAUCACGGCUGUCGCUGUGCACCCUGGUGUCAUCAAGACGGAUCUGUUUGCGUCGACUCAACGCGACAGUAUGAUUAUCAGAUAUGGUAUUGCUGCUGUGGGUGGACUGUUCAUGCAGACUGUGCCUCAAGGAACGAGAAACCAGCUUUGGGCCUGCACGGGAAAGAAGGAAGAUGUUAGACAAGGGUACUACUUCAAGCCUGUUGGCAACAAAGGGCCAGGCUCUGGAUGGGCCCAGGACACGAAGAAGGUUGAGGAACUUUGGGAGUGGACGGAGAAGGAGCUGGCUAAGCAUGGGUACUGA